AUGUCCAUGCUACAUGGUCAGCCACCCCCAUACGCAGACGUCCAAGCUCUGAGUAGUAUCUCGGUGUCUGCUUCAGAAGCCAGCUUACAGCAGAGUAUACUCAACUUGGCCACACAGGAUACAUCAUCACUGUCCCAGAACCUGUCAUUGUCUGCAGAAGUUCAAGGCCAUGAGGACAGUGACAGCUUCAAUGCCUUUAAACAAAGUAUUUACAGCCACCCAUUGUUCCCCCUUCUUGCCAUGGUGUUUGGCAAGUGUGAGGAAGCCACCUACUCACCAGAUCUGGCCUCCCAGGGCAUGGAGAAGGAGCUUCAAGCAUUUAUCAAACACAACAGUGAGGUCUCCAAGGUCUCCUUGUUAGGAACUAAUGAUGAAGUUAAUGAAUUGAUGAUUAAAGCCAUCCAGGUAUUACGCAUUCACCUGCUGGAAGUGGAGAAAGUCAACGAACUGUGCAAGGAUUUCUGUGCCCGCUAUAUUUCCUGCUUGAAGGGGAAGUUGACCUCUGAACAACUGCUGCAUGUGGACGGCUGUGACUCUCCAGAACCUCAAGAUUUAAGCCAAUCUUCCCAGAAUAUGGUGUCCUUGAACUCCACCAUGCAAGUUCAGCAGCCACCAUUGGUCGCCUCUACAGUUGUCGGGGGCGGCAUGCUCCUUCCCCAGCAGCAGCAACAGCAGCCACAGAUUGUGUCAGGAAACACAGUGUACCAGAUGGUGCAUACACCACAAGGCAUUGUGGCCCAACCUAUUCAG